ACGUGCACUAGUGCUUUAAGUCCGAGCUCGUUCACAAAGAGAGCUGUUGCGAGGGGGAUAGCAUCGUGAACGCGUACGCAGGCAGACUGAUCAUUAGAGAAGUGUAGUCACGUCACGGAUCUGCAGCGAAAAAGAGAGAUGCUGAGGUGACAGUGAGAGAGGAGAAAGGGGGAUGAUUAGUUAAAUCUUAUUAUUCCUGCUGCUAAAUGAACAUGUCUGCGUAUGAAUAUCAGCAUCAGAACCAUCAGCACAUGGACAACGCACCCACUAUGGAAUUCCACUCGAUGUCUCAACAUUCCAUCAAGACAAACAUAAAGGAUUUUUUCUAACCACACCCGGCUCUUUUUGGAUCAAGGAUUGGAGCGGCCAAGGUUUCCUCAGAGUCCUGAUGCCAAGGCCAGUUUAGCCAGGAGGCUCGUAUUUGGCAGGAGUUCCAAGCAGAGGGAGACGCUCCGACAGAGCAGCUUUCCAUCGCCGGCGGCAUGAGUGCUGUGGCAGCGGAGCAAGCUGACAUUCUCAGUGUGCUUGUCGUGGUCAAGGAACGAUGGAAGGUGGCAAAAAAGAUCGGUGGCGGAGGCUUUGGGGAGAUCUAUGAGGCGCUGGAUCUGCUGAACAGGAGCAGUGUGGCUCUGAAGGUGGAGUCAGCCCAGCAGCCCAAACAGGUUCUCAAGAUGGAGGUGGCUGUACUGAAGAAGCUCCAGGGUAAGGACCACGUGUGUCGCUUCGUCGGAUGCGGCCGCAACGACCGCUUCAACUACGUGGUGAUGGAGCUCCAGGGGCGGAACCUGGCCGACCUGCGGAGGAGCAUGACCCGGGGCACCUUCACAGUCAGCACCACCCUGAGGCUGGGCCGACAGAUACUGGAGGCCAUAGAGAGUAUCCACUCUGUCGGCUUCCUGCACAGAGACAUCAAACCAUCCAAUUUCGCAAUGGGCCGUUUCCCCAGUACCUGCAGGACGUGCUACAUGCUGGACUUUGGUCUGGCGCGUCAGUUCACCAACUCGUGCCAAGAGGUCCGGCCGCCUCGGCCAGUAGCGGGGUUCAGGGGUACGGUCCGUUACGCUUCUGUCAAUGCACACAAGAACAAGGAGAUGGGUCGGCACGACGACCUGUGGUCUCUCUUCUACAUGCUGGUGGAGUUCAUGGUUGGCCAGUUGCCAUGGAGAAAAAUCAAAGACAAGGAGCAUGUAGGGAAGCUGAAAGACACGUAUGACCACCGGCUCAUGCUAAAACACCUGCCUGCCGAGUUCACUGUCUUCCUGGAUCACAUCGCUGGUCUGGAUUACUUCACAAAACCAGACUAUCAGCUGCUGAUGUCAGUGUUCGACAACAGUAUGAAGACCUACAACGUGGUGGAGAACGACCCGUAUGACUGGGAGCGGACCGGUUCUGACGGGACGCUGACCAUCAGCACCACAGCCAGCACCCCUCAGCACCACACUCGCCUCACACCCGCACUCAUGGGCAUGGCGAACGCCUCCCUGGUUCCGGGAGACCUGGCGAGGGAGAACACGGAUGAUGUGCUGCAGGAUGAGCAGCUUAGUGACAACGGGGAGAACAACCCUCCUCCAGACCGCCUCCCCGGAUCCCCCAGCAUGCCACGGGCUAACCAGGAAGCAGACGUCUGGGAGGAGCUGGACCGCAACCGCAACCGGAUCAGGAAUGCCGCCUGGAAGGCAGCCACAGAGGAGGAGCACAGCAACAACCUGGGGGCCCUUCAGAGCCCCUACGCCAACCCCAGUCUGGGCUCUCCUGUUCGGGUACACUCUGAGUUGGUGGGCUCAGGGCAGGAUGGUGGUGGUCCCUUGCUCAGGAAGCUCCGUAACAUCCACAGCUUUGAGCUGGACAGGAGGCUGACCCUGGAGGCCAAACCCAGCCCGGAACGCUUCCUGGAGUCAUGCUCAGGCAAGCAGCUGGAGGGUUCAAGGCAGCAGCAGGUGAAUGGGUCUGACAUGGGUCAGGGCCUGGCUCCGUCUGUACCCGCUGGUGGUCCCACAGGACCCGGCCGUGGUGGUACGGACCGAGUCUGGCACUAUGACGAAGAGUUCCAGUCUGGUGGCGGCACCAAUGGCAGCUCGCCCAAGCCGGCGUCCCCUCACUCCCCCGGCUCCCCUAGCAGCGGGGGCUUCGUGGCCCUCAACCUAAGCUCCGGCAGGGGGGAGGUGGACUCCAGGGACUGGGUGAUGGUGGAGAGGCCCAGCGAGUCCCCGGAAACGGGAGCCAGGGCAAAGGCCACGACCAGCCCGUCUGAGGAGGAACAAGAGGACCUGGAGUUGAUGGAGGUGCCUCCGGGGGACAGGGAGAGUUCGAGGGAAAGCUCCGGUCCUGGGCAGGCUCAUGGGGACAGGGAUGGGGUCGUCCAGGGGUCACCAGGGCAGAGGGGCGGAUCCCCCAGAGCAGACAGGCUGGAGCUGAGUGUGGGACUCCCUGGAAGCCUGCCACCUGUCACUGCUUCCAGCCCCGCUGAAGCCCUGGUGGAGGGAGCGCUCACACAGCUCCCCACCUCUCCUCCGUCCCUGCCUGAGGAGAUGCUGGCCAGGAUGUCCAGUCCCCUGCUCCUGCGCUCUCCCAGCCCGCUCACCCAGACCCUCCUCACCACCUUGUCGGACCCCCUGCACCAGAGAGACCCCCCUGGGAUGAGGCGCAGCUACUCAGCCGACCAACACCACCACCAACAGCACCUCCUCCGUCCCACCUUAUCCUCCUCCUGCCACGCCUCCCUUCCUCCGCCACCUCCUCACCCUGGUUCAGCCCGUAACCAAUCGCCUGCCGGGCGCAGGAAAUUGCCCGCGAUCCCGGCGGGUGCCGCCAACUGCAAGUUCCCUUCCGUUAUACGCAUAACGCGAGCCCAACUCCAGCAGUUGACAGCUCAGCGGUCCCAGACUGGCUCAGAUCGGGCUCCACAGUACCUCCAGCUGGAGAGACGGGGGGAACCAGCCGCAGAGACCCAGCAGCCCCAGGAUAAUGCAGCUACCGUUGACAUCCACGCCCCCCAUGGCCUGGAUUGCCUGCCCACCUCUACGCAUGCCUCCUCCCAGCCCGGGAGCCCCACCACCCUUGAUGAGUUUCCCCUGGCUGAUACCCAGGUCAACGGAGGACAGACUCACCCCAACCCCCAGACCCAUGCCAAAGCCCAUAGCCCCUUGCCAAGUCGGGUGUCAUCUCCUCGCUCCCCACUCUCCCUCUGUUCUCCUCAUACUCCACGCUCUGAUUCUCCUCGCUCCCCCCUCUCCCCCUGCUCUCUUCAUUCUCCACGUUCUGAUUCUCCUCGCCCCCACCUCAGCCCAGUGUUGGCCAACGGACACCUCUCUCCUCCAGCCAAUGGCCAGGAGGCCGGCUCGGAUGGCGGAGCCUUCCCGGAGUUCAAAGACCGUGAGGAGGACCAGCUCCAGCCCAACGGUGGAGAUGAGGAGAACGCCGGUGUCCAAGCGCCAGCUCUGACUUCCUCCUCUCCGCCCUCCGUCCCACGUAGAGACCCCUCCCGUAGGCUCAGCCGCAUCCCGGUCUUGGAGGCUUCUGGCCUGUUGGACCUCCCUCCUGCGCCUGGUUCGGCCAUGGAGAAGCUGCUCCUGAAGAAAGCCCACAACCACGGUGGAGGAGCGCCCUCCCCAGUGGCCUCCCCCUCUCUCCCCCACCGCGGCCCCGCUGUCGCCUCGCUCCCUCGCGGCGAGCCGCUGUCCUCCGCCUCGGACCGCUCGGAGACAGGCGACGAGUCGUUCCAGGGAUCGCGCUCCGACCGCCAGGGGGAGGACGCCCCGUCCCUGUCCUCCUCCUCCAGCCCCCUGUCCCGUAAGAGCCGGAUCCCUCGGCCCGUCAACCCACCGAGCCUGGCUCCAGAGUACCUGCCACGCCCACCCCCGGGGAAACCGCCCAGUCGCGCUGCAGUGGAGGGCAGACUGAGGCGGUACCGUAUCCGUGCGGGCAGCACCAGCGACUCCGACCUCCUGACCUGCCUGGCCCAGCUGAUGCACCACGGUCAUCCCGGCGCUCCUGCCCGCGGCUCCCCCCAGCACGGACGCUCCUCCCAGCACGGAGGCUCCCGGGUGGGCGUGUGUAGCCUGACCAGCUCCCCCCACCAUCACCGUAGCUCCAGCGCCUCCCCGCGCAGCUCCUCCUCCCUCCAGCGCUCGGUCUCCUCCUCCCCCUCCCGCCAUGAACACCGCGGGGGGGAGAGAGGCGUGUGCCUCGGCCGUUCCCGCUCCCCUCCUAGCUUCUCCGGGUCCCCCCCUCCUCCGCGGCGCUCCUACCCCCACCACCACCAGGAGAUGUGCUGUGGCCGCCAGGCCCGCUCCGUCCCCUUCCACCACCCCAGGGGUAAAGCCUGCAGCCGCGAGGAGAGGGAGAGGAAGUGCUCCGGCAAGCUGAGCAGCAGAUAGUGGACGGCCGCUCCAGCCUGGUGCGUCUGAUCCCCCUGUGCCAAAUGUCUCCGAGUGGGAGUGCAGAUCCUGGAACAGUUCUCCUCCGUCCAUGUAAUUGUUUUCAGUAUCACCUGAAAGGUACAACUGUUCCUCGAUCAGUAGUCCUAUUCUCAGAUGGUUUGUGAAUACGUCCAGCGGUGGAGGUCGGCAUCCGGAGGUUUGGCCACAACAGACAGUCCUAGUUGAGGUUGAUGAAGACCCCGAGGCUGCUGCCAGAGAAUAACUAGCUUUGUCCCCUUUGGCCUCCCUCUUUUAAACAUUCCCCUGUUUCUUCUGCAGUGACUUCUGUUUUGUCAGAGUUCCAUCUGUCAUUAAUGCAGUCAUGUGAAAAAGUAAGUACACCACCUAGAACGUUUUUGUUUUAAAUAUUUGCAGAUAUGGACAUGUAAUCUUCACUUCAACACUAUUGACAGAAAAAAAGGAACCUAAUUUAAGAAAUUAUACUGAAAGAUUAUACUUUCAAAUAUCCACAGAAAUGGAGUUUAAUAGUAAAUCAUUAGCUUUUGUUCCUUGUUUUGCUGAAAUUACUUCAUACAGCUGUUUCCUAUAACUGUUGGUCUCUAACAUCGACAGGAAGGAGUUGUUGCCCAAUCUUUAUAGUUUUACUUCAGUUGUGUCAAUUUUGAGGGCUUUUUUAUUCAGGCCCAGCUUCAAGUCCCCCCACAGUAUUGCGAUAAGAUUGACAUCAGGGCUUUGGCAGGGCUUUAUGGGGCAUUCUGUUAUAGAUUUGCUUGUGUGUUUUGGAUCAUUGUCUUGUUGCAAGAUUCAUUUUCGGUUCAGCUUCACACUUUUGAGAGAUGGUCUUGAAUUCUCUAAUACAAUAUGGAAUUCAUUGCUGACUCAGUGAUGUCAGGCUCUGAGGCGGCAAAGCAGCCCCAAACCAUAAUACCACCACCUCCAUGCUUAAUGGUUGGUUUGAGUUUCUCCUGUUCAUAGGCAAUUGUUCGUUGUCACCAAACAUGGUGUCUGGCAUGGCAGCCAAACAACUCCACAUUAGACUCAUCUGUUCAGAGCACAUUAUUCCAGUUGUUUCGUCUUUACACAGGUGUUGUCCAGCAAACGUCAGUCAUGUCUUGAUAUUCUUUUUUGAGAGCAGAGGAUUAUUCCUUCCUGAAUUCCCAUGUAGACCAAAUUUGUGCCGUCUCUUUCUGACAGUUCACUCAUGUACUUCAAUAUUGAUUGUAGCAUGAGAAGCCUGUGGAUUCCUUGAUGUAACCCUGGAGUUCUUAGAGACAUAUAUGAACAUCUUUCCGUAAGCUCUCGGAUUUUGGUAGGACGACCUGUCCGAUGUAGAAUACCAGUGGUCUGGAAUUUGUAGGUGAUCUGUUGGACACUGGAAAUAUUUACUUUUAAUUGCUUUAAAAUGGUUUGUAACCCAACCCAGAAUCAUGGACAUCAAUAACCUUUAGUCUGAGGGCCUUGGAUAGGUCUUCUGAUGUGUUGCCACAUGUGUUGCCCCAUGAUGUGUUACCACAUAAAACUGCCAUGUAGUUAAGACCAAACCAGAUCAAGUUUCUAUUCUUCAGGUCUGUACUCUAAAAGCCCUGUUUUGGUGGAUCUCAUUCUAUUUUUAGCCAUUAGCCAUAUGUGUUGGGAAAGUUAGGGGUGUACUAACUUUUUCUGCUUAAGGAAAUUGCAUUUCUGUUUAUUUUAAUUGCAUAAACUGUUUCAGGUUUUUGGUGUGACUUAUUUAUUUGGAUUACCUGAACAUGGCCGAACAUCAAUGAACAUGGCUGGAAUUUAGCUGAAAAAAGUAUUUGUCCAAAUAGGUAAAAAAUAAAAGAAACUCCAGGCGGUGUAAUGUUUCACACAACUGUAUGUCCAUUUUAAUUACCGUAUCUCGUGCAAAAGGUAUCCAUGAGAAUUAUGCUGUGUAUAAGAUUUAGAGAUACUUAGGCUGUCUUCAUCAAUACAUUUUAACUUAUCCCCAUUUAGAAUACCUUAAGACGGUAAUGGUGGAAAUUCAAUGGAGGAGCACUUAUUCAUUAAUCACCAACCAAUUGACUAUUGACUAAUUACAUUGCUCUUUCCACCGUAAUGCCCUGGAAAGUGCAGGGUAUAGCAGGGUUUCCUGCAUGGCCAAGACGUUCUCUACAGAAAUGUACACUAACUAACAACAUGUACACACUAACUGACAAGGUCACCGGCUGGUGGGUCCUCUUUCUCUCGCCCUCUCUGACAUUAGAAAUACUUUAUAGUGAAUGUCCUUUACUUCAAAGGCAUCUAAAGCCAUCAGUCGAUCAAUAGAAGGGUGAUCUUACUUUUAAUACAAUCAUAUAAAGUGUGAGUUUGCUCACAUAUGUACAUGUGCCUGCUGUGUGGAUUGAUUGAUUGAUCAGGGGACUCCAGCUAAAUGUGCGAUCAAAGUAGCCAUGAUUCCCUUUGCUCAGCUUGAGAAAGGAGUUGGACUUUACGUCCCAUUUCUCAACACUUCUGUCCUGGACUUGAAAGGGAAUGACCGGUCUGAGACAUAAUGGUAACACUCCCUAGCCUUGCCCGUGCUUACAUAAAUACAAUGACUUUACGUGCACACUUUGGAAGUAUUGGGACACUGCAGACAAGUCAUAUUGUACUCUUCGGGGUUGGGGUCAAUUUCGUUUCAAUUCCUGAUGAUUCCGAAAGUAGAGUGAAAUUCCAAUUUCCUUCAGUCCCUUUUCAGUUAGGAAUUGGAUGAAUGAAUCAUCUUGUGACUGACUGAAGAUGAAAUGAAAUUGAGCCCAACCCUGGUAUUCUUUAAGGGACUAGUAGAGAAUACAUGGCAACACUAAGUAAUCAUUAACCCUUGUCUUAAUGUGAGUCUUGUCUUGGCACUAUGGGCAGCUUUGGGUUUCUCUACAAGGUAUGCUACUCAUUUUGACAAAAGAAGCCAAAUAAGACUUAUUUGCGCUAGCAGCAAAGACAGUCCUUUUCAUGUGGACACACCAGUAUUAUUCACUACAAGGGAAAGCAAAGUGAAUGUUUCUAUUGUAUUUAUUCAGACAUUAUUUGCAGAGUGCUUUUUUGUUUAAUAUAUUAAAGAGUGGGAAUGUUUUUGAAAUAAAACUUAAUUUAUCCUGUUUUGUAUCAAGUUGAUGACAGGUCCAACAUUUCUGUCAAAUAAUGUCACACUAUUUAUGCCAUAUAAAUAUAUCAUAUACCAAAACAAUGUUUCAGUCUCCCAAAGGAUAAAAAAAUAAACAUGCGCGAGAGAAUGUUUUUUUUGUUUUGUUAUUACAUGUUUUUUGCACUUUUAUCAGAAACAGUUAAUAUAUUGUUUGAGAACCAACCCUAUUCCUUCAUUCAGACCGAAUGAACACUCUCAUUUAAACCCUUGAUUAACCUUUCUUUUACUUACCACACCUUGUCCCUACAACUCUGCUUGUAAGAUACUGUGAUAUAACUAAUCCUAGCUUCCAGCACUACUACUCUUUGCAUGCGCUGCCUACAGAGAAAAAAUACAAUGAAACAAUCAGCUAAUCAGUGAAGAGAACAGCAUACCAAUUCCCACAAUGCAUUGUUAUUGUCCGAAAGGGAAUUAUUCUUCAUACUGGAUAGUAUUAUAUGUGUUUUGUAUUUCCUUUCUCAUUGCGAUCUCGAUCAAUCUUCACUUUUAUCGUCCCACCUGGUCCACAGCAUUAAUCAGUCUUUUAGUUCACUAAACUAUUCAUUUGGUUGAGUAGUACUCUUAGAAAGUAUGCUUUAUUCAUUUGGUUGAGUAGUACUCUUAGAAAGUAUGCUUUAUUGAUUUGAUUGAGUAGUACUCUUAGAAAGGUAUGCUUUAUUCAUUUGAUUGAGCAGUACUCUUAGAAAGAUAUUCUUUAUUCAUUUGAUUGGGUAGUACUCUUAGAAAGGUAUGCUUUAUUCAUUAGAUUGAGUAGUACUCUUAGAAAGUAUGCUUUAUUCAUUUGACGUUGUUCCGAUUUACUGAUUUUCAUGAAGUGACAUUGUAUGUAUGUGACGAGGACAAUUGUAUUAUACAGCGAAUGAGAAACAGAUUGAGUUGGGAAACUGUUAUUGUGUAAUAAUAUAAUCUAGGCCAAGUUAUUUGUUGCGCUCGGUAAUUGUGAUUGAUUUUCCGUACCUGCAAACAUUCUGGUGAGGUUCCAGGUUCAUUAAAUUACAGAUAGAUUGAUAGAGGUUGGAUUUCACCAUUCUGUUUAACAUUACAGGAACCCCACCAGUGACUUUAUUUAUCUGAUGACCUAUUCAACAUGCGCUCCAGUGUGUGAGGCAGCCAGGAACUCCCCUUCUAAGUUGAAGAGCAGCUAUGAUAUGACUCUAGAGGCAGACAGGGUUCAGUCAGUCAGUCAGAAGCCUUAAUCAUGUUCAGUUCCCCUGGCUGUGUAAAGCAAGGGAUAACUAAAUAGUGUCUGUCUGUCUGCGCUAAGGAUCCAUCGCUACACUUUCUAGCAGCUAACCAACUCUCAAGCCCCUUCCAUUAUCUCUGUAAGGUUCUCCCUUAUCAUCCUUGAUGUGUGUGGUCCGAUAUUUCUUGCCUAUAUUUGACUGACCAGUGGCAGAGUACGGGUUUGUGGAUUGGAGAUAGGUAUAUUUGCUUUCUGUGGGUAGCUCUGCUCUUAUUGGCCACAUCGGCCCAAUAAAGUUGCCCUAUGGCUGGACAGAAUGUGUGGAUUUAGCAUCAGUAGCCAGUCUCUGAGCUGUCUCUGGAUUCUGUAAUCAGAACCGAGGUUGAAAUGUUGCAAAUUCCUCAAGGGUGUACGAUAAAGACAGUUUUUUGUUGUCUAGAAAAUGCGAACAUCCACAUAGUACCAGACACAGCAGUAUUGAGCUAUAUUUUACAUUCUUGGUACCUCCAUAAGCUAACAAACUUCAGCUGUAGUUGCUCAAAACAUUUAAUAUAUACCUGUAAAAUGUUCAAAUUAUUUAUAUAAAAAAUAAUCUUGAUUAACCAUAUGUCACUGCUUCAGUAAAAUGGAAAAGCUAAAGGAAUAAACAGUGCUGCUGAUUUUGGAGGAAAAAAAAUAGAUAAUCAUAGUAUUUGUAUUUUAUUGUUAUUAUUGCACAGUGGUAUAUUCUUACUUUCCUGACUGAGAUUAUGAUUUGUCACUAAUUGUAUGGUGGUGUGAUUGUAAAGGUGUUACCAAGGUGACAUAGACUGCCUGUAUCUGUGGUCCAAUGAUUGUACUCAUUGAUGGCCAUAGAUACUGUGUUCAUGAAAGUGUUUGGGCCAAUAGGCCCAACAUCUAAAACAACAUUGACAACAACAAUAUGAUUUGUUUGAUAUCUGGCAUGGAUGUUCAUCGUUGGCACCCAUUGCCUCUGUGGUUUCAGUUUUAGAUAUUUCUUGAAAUGGUUCACGUUUUAGUCCUGUGUUGAAAUGUAAGUUUUAAAAUGUAUGUACAGUCACAUGGAAAGAAUGUAACAGGAGGAUCUCAUUGUACAUAACUGUAAUUAUUUGUUUAUUUUAUCAUUUGUACCAUAUUUGUACAGUGUUUUUUUCUGUUUGUUUAAAAUUAUUUUGUAUUUUAUUUUUAUAAACUGGUUAUCAAUAAAAUACUCAUUCAGCAUGCAGAAAAAUAA